AUACUGAACACUGGAGACCCUUAUUGUUCAUGGAGAGCUUGUAUGUUCAACUCUCAAGUUCUUAAAGAUAACUUUAAAUAUUCUGUUACAUAUAUCUAAGACAAUAAGAGACUUUAUUAUGAACCUGAAGUUCAAUAUACUCAAUGAAAAGAAUAUGAGAGCAAAUAUUUAAGUCUCAUGGAUACAGGCUUGGAUAUAAAAAUCAACAGACAUGGAGCUAUCAUCAUUUGCACUAAUCACAUAUUCUGUUGCUGUUGUGAUCCUUGGAAGAGUCCAAAGUGAGGACUGUCCAAGUUCUUGCACAUGUGUAGCAAGUACGAUCACAUGUGAAAACAUUGCAACAUUGCCACGUAUACCGCCAGGCAUAGACACAGUUAUCCUUACAAACUGCCACAUUCAAACUUUGGAGGAUAAUUAUUUCAAGAAUGUCAGCUCUAAUGUUACAAGUCUCACUAUGAGGCGCCUUAAUAUGGACAAAGAUGUCGCUAUUAAAUCACAUUCAUUCGAUGGCUUGGACCAUUUACAAAAACUUGAACUAACAUCAACAAGGUUAAACGCAGAAAUUGGAAUCAUUGAAGCCUUCAGUCCAUUGGUUAAUCUGAGAUAUUUGAACUUAUCGGGAAAUGCCUUGGGCGCAAGCGACAUAAAUCGAAUUUUAAAAAACAUGGCACAACUAGAGACACUUGAUCUCAGUAAAAACUGGAUUGAUGGUUUAGAUGAGAGUUUGAGUAAAAACUUCCAUCAUAUGGUACAUGUAAACCUUGCAGAGAAUGAAUUUAUAGAUUUAGAUAGUGCAGUAAAUGUUUUCAACUUUUCAACAAACUUGCAAUACUUGGACUUCAGUGCAGCUUUAUAUCUAAAACAAGGUAUUUAUAAACUUGGCCCAGUGUUCAAACAAUUUCUGAACCCUAUUACAUUGAAUCUGAGUGACAAUAUGAUAAACGAUAUAAAUGAUGAAUUUUUUGAGAAUGGAAACAUUAUAUUAGAACUGUAUCUACGCUCAGGUGACAUACAAAGUGUUUCAAAAAAUGCCUUUCGCAAACUCUCCCCGAUCAAAGUACUGGACUUCAGCAAUAAUAAAGCCGUAAAAUUGGAUGACUUAUUUCUAUGUCUGAAAAAUAUGAACAUUUCUCAAUUGAUCAUUCAAGAAACGUCAACUGAAAUGGAUAUAACAAUGGAACUAGUGACAAAUUUAGAAAGCACAGACAUGAGAAGGUUGGAUUUAUCACAUGGACAGAUUUCGACAAUAAAAGCGCUGGCAUUUUCUCCACUUACUGAUUUAAAUGAGUUAGACCUCAGCUUAAAUAAAAUCCAUUCCAUCGCCAAAGAUUCGUUUCAAGGUCUAAAUAAGUUACGUGUGCUUCGACUUCAACAUAAUAAACUGAGUGCUUUAGAUAUGAGCACAUUUGAUGACCUUUACACAAUCCAAUCACUUUCACUGAAUGACAAUCUUUUACUGGACAUAGAUGAGUAUCUACUGGUUAACACAGGGGAUUUAGUAGAGCUUGACUUAAGUAACAACAACAUAGCUUUUCUACAUGAUAACUUCUUCUAUAUGGCCACAUAUAUGCGAAUAUUAAGGCUCAACAGAGCUCUCAAAUCAACUAAGCACUCAAACUGGAGGAAACUUUUGAAAAACAUGAUACACUUAGAGACACUCCUAAUACAAGACAAUGAAAUAACAUCAAUCCAAGUGGACAGUUUUCAGAACCUUGCUUCACUCAGAUAUGUUGACAUUUCUGGUAAUAAACUUGAAGUUUUGCCAGUGGGACUUUUCGAUGGCCCAACAUCUACAAUAGAAUCAAUCAAUGCUAACAGCAAUCUGAUUAAAACAAUCGACUACAAGUUGUUUUACAAACUCGACAAUCUAACAUAUUUGGAUUUAUCAGUGAACAGGUUUGACUGUACAUGUAACCUAGCGGACUUUGCCUCUUGGAUGGUCAACAAUAGUGCAAUCAUAAUUAAUGGGACACAUACUAAAUGUUUCACUCCCGAAUCACUGAAAAAUACCCCAGUUAUGAUAUAUGCAAAUCAAACAGCUAAUUGCUAUAUUGUCCACCCCGCAGAACUUGCGGUAGGAUAUGUUGUAGUGUUUGUGGUUUUCAUUUUGGUUGGAAUAUUUGCAAUGGCUUUGGUAUUCUACAUUGUACGUAGAUACUUUAAGAAUGCGUCUAGGAGUCAAAAUCGAUAUGAAACAGUUCAAGGUGCAGAUGACGAUAUUUGAAGCACAAUUUGGUCAUAAAAUACUCAUCAAUUUUUCUGUAAAUACUACAUACAUAUAUAAAUGGUACACUUAUAAUAGUCUUGAUGACUAAUGUCUACAAUUCAAACAUCAUCGUUGUAUCAAAUGUACUCAAAGGAUACAUUAAUUGAUUUUUACGUAUGGAUUGAUCAUAAUGUAGCUAGAAUAAAAAUGUAAUAAAUAUGCUUUUACAUGCCUCUUAAAUAUUAAUAUCUCUAGAGUUAGCCAAAUAAAUCAGCCAUGCAUAAAAACCCAAGUCAAUAGACACACCCAUUACAUUCAAA